AUGGAUUUAGAAUCUGCAUCCGAAGUUAUCGAUCAAGCCCUACAUCAGAUCGGUGACCAGGCCAAGGUCUGGCGAAAGCUGUCAUCGGUAAAGCUUAUUUCAAGCUCCAAUCUAGUCAAAGCCGAACAAAAACUCCAGGAGAUGACAAAUAUGCUGAGCUUAAACAAGUCUUCUGUUGAUAGAGACGCAAUGCUUAAAUCAAACACAAACCAUGAAUACCGUGCUUCAUCGCCCUUCAAUAAAGCAGAUAUCACCGAAGUUUCGAUCAUGGACGAUUUACAUACCGAUCUUAUCACGAAUAUAACACAUCAGCAUCAUCAAAAAAUCCAUAACUCUCCAAGAAUCUUUCUCUUGAAGAAUUGGGAGGUUAUUAUCCAGAAGCGCAAGGCGAGCAUCCCAUUUAGUCUUCGAGUAUACUACGUCCUAGCCGAAGAUGACGCUAUCUUCCGAGCCGUAUCCUUGGGUAAUCUCGAUGAGGUGCUGCUGUUGUUCACUCAUCGAAAAGCAUCCCCUUUUGUACGCGAUGUGAAUGGCUGUUCUCUGCUCCACGUCACAUCCUUCUUUUGA